AUGUGCUUGCAGGGCAUCUCGCGGGCCUCCGACCCGAGCGCGAAGGCGUCCGUGCACACGGCGCACCGCGAGUCGGCGUCUACCUGGCCGGCCGAGAUCCGCACCGCCGGCAGCGACGCGACUGCGCUCUUGCUGGCCGGGGGAUUCUCCGGUUGGGCCCAGAGGCUGAACCCGAUCUGCGAGAGGCGGUCGAGCAUCAGAUCGAAUCCGGAUCCAAGCAGGGUCUCGGACAUGGCGGGAGGCAGCGGGCGUCCUCUGGGCGGCUCCGCCGGCGGGCGGGCGGAGGGCGAUUACGGGAUUGAAGGACGAAUCGUUCCGACGGCGGUGGCGGCGGCGGCCGCUGGCCGCCGCCGGAUGCAGGGAGAAAUUCGAAGGGUCCACGGCUUGUACGAAUCCGCCGUGGCAGUGGGGGCAGACGAUAGCGCCAUCGGAAGCGAGGGAAAUGGUUACGGUGCACUGGUAGCACCAAUACGACGUCAUAGAAGCCAUUGGAGUUGUUGUCGAUGA